AUGUCAUUUUUCGGAUUGGGAGGCAGCAGUCAACCACAACUCUCCUCGGAGCAGAAAAUCAAAGCGGCAGAAAACGAGCUUGAUAUGGUUACAACUAUGUUCAACAACAUUCUUGAUUCCUGCUACAGAAAGUGCUUUGACAAGAGCUACGAUGAUGGUGCUCUCAGUAAGAACCAAUCUCUCUGUGUGGACCGUUGUGUGACAAAGUAUUUUGCUGCAAAUAUGAAGGUUGGUGAAAGUAUGCAGGAAUUGGGCAAGAGUGGAACUUUGGGAAGUCCAGGCGUGCCACACUAA